UCUUUGUGAUUUUUAGAUAUGUACAAUAGUCCUUACAAACCUGUGCCGCCUCCUAAACCUCUUGGUGGGAAUGCGCCUCCGUAUCGCGUUCCUCCUCCGUUUCACAUCCCCGGAACGCCUGGAAGACAUGAGCGUCACUUCGUAGAUCCUCAAAUUCCUCCAUCCAAUGGGUAUCCGUCAAUGGUGGCAGCCGCACCUACGGCCCUGCCUCAAGAAUAUGAUCUCCGUUCUGAGCAGUAUCACACGCAUUCCUCAAAGUUUCCUGUGGAGCGUGUUGUUGGCGUCAGUGAGCGUGACAAAGAGACAUUGGAUGAAUCUCGCUUUCGGAAUAAAGCACCCGCUGUAGGUGAAUCGCCUCGUUAUCCUGGGAGCAAUCGGAAUUCUUGGCGUGGUCCGCCGCCCCUUCAUCCUGGUGAACCUGUCAGAGCUCCUGUUCCGGCAUGGACUCGAGAAACGCAUCACGAGCACCAUGCUUAUUGGGAAUUAUCGCGCGUGAGACCGCCAGGAAUGAAUGGGGUACAUGCACCUCCACCCUUGAUGUACCAUCCUCCGAACUUGCCGAUGCGUCCAUACCGUCAAGUUUUUGGUCCACAACCGCAGCAGCAAACGCCGCCAAGACCGCAAGAAAGGGAUCCACUGGUGAAUCCCCCUCCUCAAACGGCAAACGGGAUCGACAAUCCAGCUCUAGAGGCAGAAAAUCAGGUGUCUGAAGAUUCAAAAGAUGAGGGUGGGUUUGCUCCUUUAAAAGAAGACGAGGAAAAAACCACUUCGGAAAAGGCGAAGGAAUUCGCAGGCAAAAAGUAUUCCAAACUCAGAGGGAUAAUCUCAAAACUGAAUCCUAGGAGAGAAGAUCCUUCAAGUGACAUGACUGGCAAUACCACUCCGAAGCGCAAUUCAGAUGCAGGUCAUGGUUAUCAAACUCGCAUUUUACCUGCAACACCUGGAAGCCGUGAAGAUCUAUAUUCGCGUCCUUCGCACCGCUCGCAGCCGGGUUCAUCCACAAAAGAACCCGUCAGUUUACCAGGGUCGUUGGAGGAGGUUGAGUUGCGACGUCGGGCCGAAACGAGCUUCAAUACAAGCCAGGAGAGCUCAGAAGGGGCUGGAUUUGAAGCUCGAGCUAAACCACAAGUUCCCACUUCACGUGAGAAACUUGUAGAACAGGAUCAGAACCCGCCGCCUUUACCUACUCAACCUCCACCAAAAGAAAGCCACUCAGAACCCAUGGCCCGUCGAACUUUGAGCGACAAGAAGGCUCGUCCCGGGGGCAUUUAUGAAUCUCCUGCAGGGCUGCGGCAAGAAUUUGUUCAGUUUUCAAAGACAAGUGUUGCUUAUUCAGGUGCACGCGAUGUGUCGUCAUUGUCAUCCACACAAUCAGAAGAAGAGGAGGAGGCAGAGCCGCGUCGUCGAGAAACCACCAAUGUCCGGAAUCAAUUGGAGGAACUGGAGGAAAUCUAUUCCCAAGUCCUGCGUUUGCUCAAGGGGAAGGAGUCGCAACGCGUGAAACAAUUGCGUCGCUUUGGCUCCGUGUCUUCCUUGCCGAGCUCUACGACGGGUCCACGCUACGGGAUGCGUGAACGGCGUGAAGCCAAGCCUCGACGCGACGUGGGCAAGCGUUUUCAGCGGCUCGAGUCACACAUUGUGACUCUGGCACGCAGUGUGGCGCAAUUGUCGUCUGAGAUGCGGAACCAACAUGCGAUGAUACAAGAGAUUGAGGGAUUGAGGAGGGAAGUGGCGGAGAUCGCAGCCUGGCGUGGCAUCACUACCCGCAGUGCCGUGGCGGGUGCCAAUGGCGGUAAGAACUGGUCUCAUUAUCAGUGCAACGGACAUCUGGCGACAAAUCCGAACCGAGUGAAGAAGCUCACAAAGUUUUUUGGGACCGAGCCGCCGUUGCUGCGGCAAUUUUUGAAGAAACUCGGCUACGAGAAAUACGCAACGGCAUUUGAAAACGAGAAAAUCGGCAUGAUGGAGCUUCCGUACUUGACUGAAGCGCGUUUGGAGAAACUCGGCAUUCCCCUGGGUCCUCGUGUGCGUAUUCUUCAGGAAGCUCAAUCUGGAUUCACAACUGACAAGUACAACAUCUACAUAUCGGUGACGUUGCAUACGGAUUGUGGAGAUUUGAAGCUGGAGUUGCAUUGUGAACGAUGUCCCAAAGCUUCUGAAAAUUUUUUGGCACUCUGCGCAAGUGGUUAUUAUGAUGGGACGAUAUUUCAUAGGAACAUGAAAGGUUUCAUGAUUCAAGGAGGAGAUCCCACAGGAACGGGUAAAGGUGGUAACUCCAUUUGGGGUGGAAAAUUCGAGGACGAAAUCAAAGAAGAUUUAAAGCACGAUGCAAGAGGAGUUGUUUCAAUGGCGAAUAAAGGCCCAGACUCAAACGGAUCUCAAUUUUUCAUCACAUACGCUGCCCAGCCUCAUCUUGACUUGAAGUACACAGUGUUCGCAAAAGUUAUCGACGGGCUCGAAACGUUAGACGAACUGGAAAAGCUUUCCGUGAAUCCCAAGAACAACAAACCACUUGCGGAUACGCACAUCACAGGCGUCACGAUCCAUGCUAAUCCUUUGGCUGGUUGAUGCGAUAAAACUUCGCCCUUUUUCAGUUUUAUUUUUCACGUUGAUAUAUAGGUUUCCGAAUACAUUCCUCC